ACUCAGAUGAAGAUGGUGAUGAACUGGUGCUAGUUGACAAAUAAGCCACUCGUAUAUGUACAUAUUUAUUAUAUUUAUAAACCGUACAUAUAAGUUAAUUUGUACUUUUUCAUUUUCUCAUUUGACAUGUUCCCCUCAGCUCUGCUGAGUUUUUGUUUGUAAAUUUAAUUAAAUUAAUCCAUAGCCCUGUUGUUGCGUUUUGUUUUUCUUCUUUGUUUUGUCUGUACUCGGUAGGUACACACACAAAUCAAUAGAUCUAAUUUAGAAUUUUGAAAAAACAAAGAAAAAAGUUAUUAUAGUUAAUAGUUGUUAAAAAAAUGUAAUAACAAUAAAUAAACACAAAGAAAUAAGAAUACAAUUGAAAAUGUUUUUCAGUUUUUUGUUGUUGUUGUUUAAACAAUCCAAGAAAAUACUUUGAAUCCGUAGACCACUGCCGAAUAGUCUUAUUAUUGCCAUUUGAUGGCAAUUGCUCAUAUACUGUCAGCUUAAAUGAGUAUAUGUAAUAUUGUAAACAAAGGAUAAACAGGUGGCGGUUGAGCUCAGGAUCUAAACGGACUAAAAGCACAGACGUCAAACGCAACGUCUUAGUUUCAGAAGCGAAAUUCGUUUUUAUGUUUUCCCAGAACUCAGUUUUUUAAUGAAGUGACCCAGUAACCCAAAUAAAAGCACCACUAACCCACUAAACCGGCACUAUUGUGUUACUGAGCCAUUCAUAGUGUUACACCAAACAUCCUUAUUUAAUCUACUUUCAGUCAAUAAUCCCCCUGUUCGUGAUGGUCUGUGGCCUCCAUGUUUACCCCCAGGGUUUGACCCCGCACCUCCCUGGCUUCAGUCCACUGCCGGAGCACUUUGCCCAGCAGAGGGCGCCCCGAGCCCGUUCAAUCCCCCCACCCCCCCUCCCCAUCACAAGGGGAGGAGGGCAACUCCAUCCAACUGCGGUACCCAUCCGAUUCCUGUAAUUGCUUCCUUCCUGCAGUUAAUUGGUGCCAAUCUGUCCAGCCUCAAAAACCCCGAGCUACAUUUACACAAUGUCAGAAUCGCACACACUAUGUAUUUUUAGUGCAUGCUCAUUCAUGCGUCACGUGAAAAACUACACUUAUUGAGUGUGUCUCGCGCGUUGAAUUCACCUGUUUUCAGCGCAGCCAGAGCCCGCAGACAGAUCGAGGUGAGCUUCCUGCACCCGUGAGCGUUGCGUUGCAGUAUCACUGCACAGAUUGUUCAAACCUGACAUGUGUUUGUCAUUGCAGACAGUUUUGGACACAACAACAAAUUAUUAAAACGCAAAGUUGUUGUUUGUGCAAAAGCAGGUUAAUAAAGGUAUCAUAUCUCACUUAUUGAAGAUUUACUAUGGGAGCUAAACAUGCACCAGAUUUCAUGGGAUGUUUGGCGAUAUUUUAGGCGGCACGAGUACAAUAACUCGUCCUACUUAUCGCCUACUACGCCUUGCAUUAGUAUUGUGUGCAUGUCUCCCGUCAAUGGAAGCUGUACUCUACUAUGACCCCUCCCACUUCUUCCCCGAAAUAGACCCCGCGUGAAGAUAAAAUGCACAAUCUAGUGACUAAAUGAACCGACGCGAGCACGUGUUUCGACUUUAUAUCGACCAUUGUGUCGCGUGGGGAUUAUUUCCGACGAUACAUGCGGGAAUUUUAUUUGAGAUAAGUGGCAGUUUCAAGACCGGCGAGCGUUUCGCGGGAAAACGAGCGGAGGGAUACAGCGGAGGAGCGGAGGGGUAGUGCUACGGCCGUUUUUAUUGCAGCCGGCGGAGCUCUCAGCUGUGAUUCUCACGCUACUGAUGACAGACUGUUCUUCGUCCUCACCGGGUCGCUAGUGCAGCCAUUCAACGCUCCAUGCAUGCUUCACACAGACUCACGGAAACCGCCUACGACACCUCCGUGGAAGGAUUUAAUGUUACUUUCUUACCGGAAUAACUUUCCUACCCUUUUUUGCGCCUCUUGGCUCGGUUUAGCCUCGUCUUCUUCCGCCGACAGUUUACGAUCUAAAAGCUUCACAAUAAGGACAAACGCAACAGAGACAAAAUGCCGCUGAAUUCAAGUUUGGCGAGUAAAAACUACGACUACGAUUACGACUCUCUUCAACCGUAUUUCUAUUACGACAACGAGGAGGAGGAUUUCUACCCUCAGCAGCUUCAGGCUCCGGCACCGAGCGAAGACAUCUGGAAGAAAUUUGAACUGCUGCCGACCCCUCCCCUCUCCCCGAGCCGCCGGCCGUCCCUGUCAAGCCUCUUCCCCUCCACGGCGGAUCAGCUGGAGAUGGUGACCGAGUUCCUGGGCGACGACGCGGUCAACCAGAGCAUCAUCUGCGACGCCGACUACUCCCAGACCUUCCUCAAGUCCAUCAUCAUCCAGGACUGCAUGUGGAGCGGCUUCUCCGCCGCCGCCAAGCUGGAGAAGGUGGUCUCCGAGCGGCUCGCCUCCCUGCACGCCGCGAGGAAGGAUUCUGCGGCCGCCGAGACCUGCCCGGAGCCCCCGGGCGCCGCAGCGUGGCGGCUCAACAGCUGCUACCUGCAGGACCUGAACACGUCCGCGGCGGAAUGCAUUGAUCCGUCCGUGGUGUUCCCGUAUCCGAUGGCGGAGACGCCCAAGCAGAUCGCGGGGACGCCGCCCAGCAAGGAUUUGGGUCUGGAGACGCCGCCGAACAGCAGCAGCAGCAGCUGUAGUGACUCAGAAGAUGACGACGAUGAGGAGGAGGAGGAGGAGGAAGAGGAGGACGAUGAUGAUGAUGAGGAGGACGACGACGAUGAGGAUGAGGAGGACCAGGAGGACGAGGAGGAGAUCGACGUGGUGACCGUGGAGAAGAGGCAGGCGGUGAAGCGGUGUGACCCCAGCCCUGCAGAGAGCAGGCAUCCCAGCCCGCUCGUGCUGAAGAGGUGCCACGUCUCCACCCACCAGCAUAAUUACGCCGCCCAUCCAUCCAUGAGGCACGAGCAGCCGGCUGUCAAGAGGCAGAAGCUGGAGAACAACAGCAACAGCAGCAACGGUGGUGGAAACAGCAGGGUCCUCAAACAGAUCAGCAGCAACCGCAAGUGUUCAAGCCCGCGGACGUCUGACACGGAGGACUACGACAAGAGAAGGACUCAUAACGUUCUGGAGCGUCACAGGAGGAACGAGCUCAAGUUGAGCUUCUUCGCCCUGCGGGAUGAGAUCCCCGAGGUGGCCAACAACGAGAAGGCGGCCAAAGUGGUGAUCCUGAAGAAGGCCACAGAGUGCAUUUACAGCAUGCAGAAGGACGAACAGAGACUCCUCUCGCUCAAGGAACAGCUGAGGAGGAAAAGUGACUUUUUAAAGCAGCGACUCGCACAUCUGCAGAGCUCUCGCGCUUAAAGUUUGAAUCAUCAUAGACUUUUUGGCCUUUUUGUUUUUUAUGCAAGUUCAAGACUUGGGGGGGUGUAUAGUUGUUGUUGUUGUUGCAUGCAAAUGCAAAGCGGAUUAAAUUGUUUUUGGAAUCUUGUUUGAUUUCAAUGUUAAAACUGCCUCAAUUGAAGUUAUGGUUGGAUUAAAUAUUUAAAAGUUUAUUUUUAUUAAUAAAAUGUAAAAACAAAAAAAUGGGGCUACCCUGUUGAGGGGGUCCAAACUAAAAUAUAAAUUUGUAUGUUUUGUAUAUAAUUAAUAUUUCCUAAGAAAAUGUAUUUUUGGAUCUCAAUUGUCUGGAUGUUCAGACCCAGUGUUCUGUUUUUUUCCAUUAUGUUCCUAGAUUCUUUUUGAAAUAUAAAAAAUGUUUCUUCUUAA